AUGGGUCUUCACGUUACGCCGUAUGGCACAUUCUAUGUGCAGCGAAGCCUCCGGACAGGUGAAGUCAUGCAAGUUUUGCCAGUGAAACGGCCAGAUAUGCCGAGUCAUCUUCCGUCCGUCGACUCCCUCGGAAUCACAGAAAACUUUAUCGAGAGCCGCCGGGCAUCACUAGCAGCGGACACAGCACGGGCAGAAGAUUCACAAGGCCGGUUGCAGCAAGAGCUAGCAACAGCUGGCGGCGAAAGCCUUUUGGCAACAGGCAAGGCAGUUUUGGCACAAAACGGCGGCAGCGGCGGCGACAGCGGCGGCAACAGAAGCAGCAACGCACACAGCUCACCUUUGGCACCAAAUUACGACGGGGACGUGGAGAUGGCCUAUGGCUCAUCCACGUCGGGGUCAGCACGUGGCGCGCCGACAUCGCCAGUUUCAUACCCGCACUCUGCAACGCGGCAGAGAAGAAGCAGUAGCCAUCGGAGCAGCAAUACGAACUACGUCCUCAGCGAGGACACCCACCAGCAGCCGUCAUCGAUGGCUAUGGCUCCGCACAUGUUACCGGUCCGUCCCUGGCCUAACGCCCUACACCAAGAAGCCACGGUGAAUCUUCCUCCGUUCCGCGAGAUCGACUCGGCCAGGGCUCUAACCCACGAGGAAGAGCUUCGCCACGAAGAGCAGGUUUCCAGUAGAGGAGGGGGCCGUAGCAGCCGGAGCAAGUCAACGGCCUCACCACGCAUGGCGAGCGUCCUCCGCAGCAGCAGCCGGAACUGCAGUCGCAGCAACAGCACGAGCCACGGGCACGGUUAUAGGAAUGGCCACCACAGCAACAGCAACAGCAACAACAACGCAUUUAGCAUCAGCAACAUGAUCAGCCACGGAAGUGAAGGUAGCGCAAGCAGCGUGUACAGUGUGAGCGAAGUGAGCACGCCUUCUGGGCCCGUUUCGCCCGGCCCGGACUACUAUUACUGCAAUAGCAACGACGGCUACUCUCCAGCGACGACGUAUGCCGCCGCGUCGCCUGCAGCAUCGUUUGGCGGAAACAGUGGUUGCAGCAUGAUGGUCGACGAAAGCGCUUCACCGCAGGUACCUGCACCUGUGCGCCGUUCAAGCCAGUCAAGCACGCCUAGGGCGGGCCGUGGACACAGGACUGGCACAUCACCAUCGCCUGGCCAGGCCCCAGCACGUGUACUCGGGCCCUAUGGCCCCUCUGCGGCCACAUAUGCUCCUCCUGUUCCCAAUGCGGCACCUCCCUUGCCUCCUUCACCACUUGCUGCUGCGGAGGCUGCUCCACUGAAGAAGAACAAGACGGUGUGGAUUAUCCGGACGCUGGAGCCGCGCAAGGUGGCAUCACGACGGACAGCCGACGGCGCUGACGACUACGAGCCGCAGCGAGUACAGACCCACGUGGAGACGCACAUUGUGCCUUGA